GUGUGUGCCGAGUCGAUUCGUCCAUAUUACCCGUUCCAUUCUGCAUAGCGAUGUCCGAUGCUGCGCCGACUUUGUGUAUACGUACCGCCAGCGCACCGACCGACGAAAAAUGGUGCCAGGCUGGGGUCUUUGGGGUUGGAAAGCCGACAGAUGGUACUGAGGGCCCACCAAUCCCAAUUCCACGCAGCGACCACGCAUUCUGCCGACCUGAGCGCAAAGUAGAGAAGCUAUCUCUACCGCGGAGUGUCAUCGAAGAAUAUCCAUACGACUCCACGCCAUCUGUUUAAUGAGCAGCUUAGACCGUACCGACACCAACUCUGCGACAAAGGAUGAUUGAUCGUCACAAUGUCCGAUGCUUCUCCAAUGACAACCACCUCCAGUGGCCGUCGUCUGACGCCGCCCUUCCCGGGCUUGCAGGGAGAAAGCAAGCGCAGGCGCAAGGUCCGCACUUGCACAGAAUGUCGGCGACGGAAACUAGCCUGUGACCAGGCUACUCCAGUUUGCGGCCGCUGCUUGCGCGCGGGCCACACGGCCGCGUGCCAAUACUACGAUGACCUUACCUUCAUUCCCAUGCAGACCGCAACACCUGCAACUGAAGACAGCCCGGAGCCUGCCCACUUUCAUAACGCGCGGGCUGCGACCGAUCAUUCUCAGACAUUGUCCUCUGCCACUCUCGCGACGAAGGUGGAACAACAGCAUCGCCGCAUUGCGCAACUUGAAGAAGCCCUGAAUCGUAUGGGCGAGAACAUGGAUCGUCUACUCGUUGCGCAGAGUGAGACGUCGACUCAGGAAUUCCCCAGGCGCGUCAGCGUUCCUCCCGCGUCUGCACAUCCCGCCGAGCCCGAGCCCAAAUCGAUCCUCCUCAAGGGCAGCUCAUUCAAGACGAGAUUCUACGGCGUCUCUUUCCCAGAGUCUCUGAUCGCGCACAUUCCAAAGCUCAGCAACCUGUCCAAAGAGAUUGUCGGCAAUUUUCCAAUCCUUCUCAGAUUACGGCAGGAUGUUCGGGAGAUUGAAGGCAGGACCCGUGAAAUGACACCAAUGCGUCUCCCCGUCGAGAAGACGGAUCUUCUGGCUUUAUUGCCGGCGCAGCAUGAGACCGAUCAGCUUGUGCAGCUCUACUUGGAGAACUUUGAAUAUGUGUAUCAUGUUCUCCACCUGCCGAGCUUCUUGUCGGACUAUCGCAAGAUGUGGGCAAAUCUAGACGACGCUGAUGCUCACCUUGUUGCUCUUGUACUCCUAAUGGUGGCGAUUUCGCAAUGCCUCCGAAAGACCGGCCCGUGGAUGUAUACCGGUAAACGGUCCGCGGGCAAAUCGCUCGCCCUCUCGAUCAUUCAACUUUGCGAGUACUGGCUCGGCGCGCAACGGCAGAAGCGCGUGACGAUCUUUGACUUCCAGAUCCGCAUUUUAUUGUGUCUGGCCCGAAACGUGAACGGAACGCAGUUCAAACGCUCGUGGAUUCAUGUUGGCACUCUCUUGAGAUAUUGCAUGGCUGCCGGGUUGCAUAAAGAUCCGGAGCUCUUGUCAGAGAAAAAGCCAACGUCGAUGUUGGAGAAGGAGAUGCGACGAAGACUAUGGACUGCUGUGCUGGAACUUGAACUCCAAACGUCAUUCACUCGCGGCAUGAUCUCGGCUCCUUUAUCGCCAAACUACGACUACAUCACUCCGAUCAAUAUCAAUGAUGAUGAUAUGACUUCCGCGACUCAGAGCCGACCGAUGUCACGGCCCAUCCGCGAGUUCACCGGGAUCUCCUACUUGGUCGUUGCCAACAUGUCCUUGCAUCUGAGGAUGUCGGUGCACUCCAUUCUCAAUGAUGAACAACAAGCAGUCACGUUUGACAUGGCGAAGCACUACACAGAGCAACUAGAGGCGCACUUGGAUGAAAUUCCACCGUGGAGCGAGAAGGCUGCCGACGUGCCCCGCACUCUGUUGCUGUUGAGUCUUUGCAAUACCUUGCUGGCUCUGCACGAUCGACACAUUCGACAAGCUGCAACGGAAGUCGAGCGCAAAUUCUCCAAGACCGUCAUCAUCGAUACCGUGGCCAAAAUCUUAAACGCGCAGCGGCGUUUGUUAGACUCAGGGUGCCAUGCAGUCCAACUGCUGAGCCAAGAUCACCUUCGAGCCACACUCUCGGCUUGUCACACCCUCAGCUGGACUCGCCCGUCGUCCUUCAGUAGGAUUGACGACAAUCUCCUCGACAUCGCCGACUGCAUCGCGAUGGAUACCGUGGAGAUACUCACGGAUAAGGUGGAACGGCUUGGUGGUGGACAACAACAGCUCUGGAUCGCCGUCGUUGCGAGUGCCCUGGUCAAGAUAGAGCGAACCCCCGCCGACAAGGCGACACAUAUGCAACAGGCCGUGGACCGCAUGACGGCGGUAUAUUAUAAGAUCCUGGCAUGUCAGCAACCGUCCGCGAUGGCGGCGCCCAAGAUGAAACUCAUUCAAGCAGUGAACGGGGUGAGCCAGCCGUCUAGCACGCUGCCACCGGAGAUGGGAGGCUACGGGGAGAACGCGUUGACUCUGUCGGAUAUCGAGACAAUGCCGGAAUGGGCGUUUGACGAGUGGUCGCUUGAGCUCUCCUGAUUUGCCGCGUUGUUAUGGUGGCGCACUCUGUUAAAGCGUUGUACGUAAGAAGCGGGCAAUGAUCGCCGGCAAUCUGCAGCUAUUGCUGCAAUUAAUUACUGUUUGAGUACAGCACAGCGUUGAGAGAUGGCAUG